GUCUGACUGUAGCUGAUAUUGAUGUGUUUGAAAUCAACGAGGCGUUCGCCAGCCAGGCUGUGUAUUGCGUAGAGAAGCUGGGGAUCCCCCUGGAGAAGGUGAACCCUAACGGAGGAGCCAUCGCCCUGGGUCACCCUCUGGGCUGCACCGGGGCCCGCCAGGUUGUCACCCUGCUCAACGAACUCAAACGCAGGGGCAGGAGGGCCUAUGGCGUGGUGUCCAUGUGUAUCGGAACAGGGAUGGGAGCUGCAGCAGUGUUUGAGUACCCUGGACCUUAGAAGGAGCUGAUCAAUAAUAAUAUUGAUGAAGGGCUUACACUGUGAUGCUUCUUACACCUUUGACAGAAUCCGCCGUUGAUUAACUGUUGAGGUGUUCCUGCCCUGACUAUUGAGUACUGACAGUUUGUCAGCUGUGUGAUUCAUCACAGAGUGCAUGUAUUUACAUUCCAUAUAAAUGACGGCACGAGAACUGACUGGUUCAUCAUUCCGUAGAUUACUGUAUGUUAAUUCCUUGCCAAAGUCUGAUAAAUAUUUUAAGUGCCUUGCAUUUCAGGAAAGCAAUGCAUCAUUGUGCUUUGAUACACCGCUGUACAAAUCAAUCUGUAAAUAUGUGAUUUAGUUUGACAUUUUCAAUGUUAGGGGCUGAAAGGGUGAUAUAGAAUAACAUGGGGUAGAAUAGUUAGGAGAUAUGGAAUAACAUGAGGUAGAAUAGUUAGGUGAUAUAGAAUAACAUGGGGUAGAAUAGUUAGUUGAUAU